AUGAACCCUUAAGAUGCGCCACAACAGGAUUUAAUUUACAGGGACUUCCUAGAAAGAUUUCUCAGUAACAUAGACAUAGCACAAAUUGAAGCCAUGAGAUAAUAAAACAAAAUUAGGUUUCCAAUCAAUUUAGAUCUUUUGAGAUCAGAAUCAAGAUAACAAUACCCUAACUUGUAAAACCGUUAUAUUUAUGAAUAUUUAGAGUUGAUGAUUUAAUUAGAAAUCCAACAGAUUUUAUCAGAGUUUUCCAACAGAAAUUAAGUUAAAUAUGCAAAUAAUUGCAGGAUCAAUAGGAAGAUGAUGAUAAAAAGGGAGUGUAGACAGAUAAAACAUAUAAAAUCUAUUUUGAAGGUAAAUUGGGAAAGAAUUACGUGACUCCAAGAGGUUUGGGAGCUGCAUAAAUAAAUUAAUUAGUUUGCACCUAAGCUAUAGUAACUAAGAUGUCCUUGGUUUUGUUGAAACUAUAGAAAUCAGUUCACUUUAUAGAGAAGAAAAACUAAUUCAAAUAAGUGGAAUACUUUAAUAACAUGGACCCGAGUGCUAGGACAUCCUCAAGAUAAGUUAGAGUAGUAUAGAAGAAGGAUGAAGAAGGCAACCCUAUGAUUUUCGAAUUUGGGUUAAGUGAUCUAAAUGACAUGUAGACAUUAGUGGUUUAAGAGUUGCCAGAGAGAACUCCCACUGGAAUGUUGCCGAGAUCAUUAGAAGUCAUUUUAGAUUAGGAUUUAGUUGAUAAAGUGAAACCAGGUGACAGAGUAGAAGUAUUAAGCAUUAAAUAAUCAUAGAUUACGGGUGUGUAUAAGUGUAUUCCAAAUUCAUCGACUAAGGCAAAUGGAACCUUCAGAACUACUUUGAUAGCAUAGAAUAUUAAAGUAAUGAAUGCUGUAUAAGAAACCAAGAUAUCAGAGGUUGAUAUCAGACACAUCAAAGAAAUUGCUAAAAAGUCAAGUAUUCAAUUAUAAUAUGAAAGAUCUUUUGGAAUACAUGUCAAAAUCUAUAGCUCCAUCAAUAUUUGGACAUGGUAUUGUUAAGCAGUCCAUUUUGUUGCAAUUAUUAGGAGGAACGGAAAAGAAUUUAGAGACAGGAACUCAUUUAAGAGGAGAUAUCAAUAUUCUUUUGAUAGGAGAUCCUUCAACUGCUAAAUCCUAAUUACUUAGAUAUGUUAUGGGAACUGCUCCAUUGGUAGUUACUACAACAGGUAGAGGAACAUCCAGUGUUGGUUUGACAGCUGCUGUCAAGAGGGACAAUGAAACAGGAGAAAAUACUUUAGAGGCAGGUGCCAUGGUUUUAGCAGACGGUGGAGUUAUUUUGAUAGAUGAGUUUGAUAAGAUGAAUGAAAUAGAUAGAGUAGCAAUUCAUGAAGUAAUGGAAUAAUAAACAGUCACCAUUGCAAAGGCUGGAAUACAUUGUUCAUUAAAUGCAAGAUGUUCUGUUUUAGCAGCUGCCAAUCCUCUCUAUGGUGAAUAUUAAUAAGAUAUGCCACCAACUAAGAAUAUUGGUUUACCAGAUUCUUUAUUGAGUAGAUUUGAUUUGUUGUUUAUUAUAUUGGAUGAAAAGAAAAAGGAUAUUGAUAGGAAGGUUGCUGAAAGAGUGACAAAGAAUCACAGAUACAAGGGAUAAUAUGAUGAGGAAGAAAAUAUCGGAGAUAUCAUUUAACCCAUGGCUUAGAUGAGUAUUAAAUAAGAGAUUUCACCUUUUGUUCAAUAAUCUGCCGUAUAUCAUUCAAAUGAUCAAAAAGACCUUUUAACAUAAUCAUUCCUUAAGAAAUAUAUUAUGUAUGCCAAAGAAAACUAUCCAAAUGUGGUCUUAGAUGAUGAAGCUGCAGAGGAAGUGACGAGACAAUGGACCAAAAUGAGACAAAAUGAUUUGUUAGAAAAAUAGAUAAGAACUCAGCCUAUCACUAUCAGAUCUUUAGAAUCAUUAAUUAGAUUGGCUUCUGCUCAUGCAAAAUUAAGACUGUCUAAUAUUGUAACCAAACAAGAUGUUAAGAUAGGGGCCAAAUUAAUGAAAAUCUCUUUACAAAUGGAUUAAGAGGAGGAAGUUGAAGAUAAUAAGAAACCAAGUGGCAGAAAGUCAAGUCUAUAAAGACUUAAAAGUGAGUAGCCUUUAUCUGCUGGAAGAUAAAAACUUGAAUCUGAAUAACCUAAAUAGGAAGAACAAGAAAAUCAACUUAUUGUUAAGAGCGAUAAGAAGAAGUAAAAGUAAGAUGAUCCCAAAGAUAAGGAAGCGGAGUUCCAUCUAUUCUUACAAUAGGCCCACUCAUAAAAUAUUACAAGGGAUUAAUUAAAGGCUGUCCAUAAGGUGUUGAGAGAUUUCAAAGAAAAAGUAUAUUAAUAUAUGAUUAUCUUAGCUUCAUCAAGAUGUUGUUGAUAUCGAUAUUAUCUGGGGUGAACUUUAAAGUUAGAGUAGAAUCAUUAUUGCUGAUUAUUUAUAAUUCUUAAAAUGCCUUCUGGAAUUGGAUAAACAAGAAAAGGUCUAAUUUGAUGACAAGAAAAGAACUGUGUAGUUAUUAUGAUUUUGGAUUGNCAAUUAUUAGGAGGAACGGAAAAGAAUUUAGAGACAGGAACUCAUUUAAGAGGAGAUAUCAAUAUUCUUUUGAUAGGAGAUCCUUCAACUGCUAAAUCCUAAUUACUUAGAUAUGUUAUGGGAACUGCUCCAUUGGUAGUUACUACAACAGGUAGAGGAACAUCCAGUGUUGGUUUGACAGCUGCUGUCAAGAGGGACAAUGAAACAGGAGAAAAUACUUUAGAGGCAGGUGCCAUGGUUUUAGCAGACGGUGGAGUUAUUUUGAUAGAUGAGUUUGAUAAGAUGAAUGAAAUAGAUAGAGUAGCAAUUCAUGAAGUAAUGGAAUAAUAAACAGUCACCAUUGCAAAGGCUGGAAUACAUUGUUCAUUAAAUGCAAGAUGUUCUGUUUUAGCAGCUGCCAAUCCUCUCUAUGGUGAAUAUUAAUAAGAUAUGCCACCAACUAAGAAUAUUGGUUUACCAGAUUCUUUAUUGAGUAGAUUUGAUUUGUUGUUUAUUAUAUUGGAUGAAAAGAAAAAGGAUAUUGAUAGGAAGGUUGCUGAAAGAGUGACAAAGAAUCACAGAUACAAGGGAUAAUAUGAUGAGGAAGAAAAUAUCGGAGAUAUCAUUUAACCCAUGGCUUAGAUGAGUAUUAAAUAAGAGAUUUCACCUUUUGUUCAAUAAUCUGCCGUAUAUCAUUCAAAUGAUCAAAAAGACCUUUUAACAUAAUCAUUCCUUAAGAAAUAUAUUAUGUAUGCCAAAGAAAACUAUCCAAAUGUGGUCUUAGAUGAUGAAGCUGCAGAGGAAGUGACGAGACAAUGGACCAAAAUGAGACAAAAUGAUUUGUUAGAAAAAUAGAUAAGAACUCAGCCUAUCACUAUCAGAUCUUUAGAAUCAUUAAUUAGAUUGGCUUCUGCUCAUGCAAAAUUAAGACUGUCUAAUAUUGUAACCAAACAAGAUGUUAAGAUAGGGGCCAAAUUAAUGAAAAUCUCUUUACAAAUGGAUUAAGAGGAGGAAGUUGAAGAUAAUAAGAAACCAAGUGGCAGAAAGUCAAGUCUAUAAAGACUUAAAAGUGAGUAGCCUUUAUCUGCUGGAAGAUAAAAACUUGAAUCUGAAUAACCUAAAUAGGAAGAACAAGAAAAUCAACUUAUUGUUAAGAGCGAUAAGAAGAAGUAAAAGUAAGAUGAUCCCAAAGAUAAGGAAGCGGAGUUCCAUCUAUUCUUACAAUAGGCCCACUCAUAAAAUAUUACAAGGGAUUAAUUAAAGGCUGUCCAUAAGGUGUUGAGAGAUUUCAAAGAAAAAGUAUAUUAAUAUAUGAUUAUCUUAGCUUCAUCAAGAUGUUGUUGAUAUCGAUAUUAUCUGGGGUGAACUUUAAAGUUAGAGUAGAAUCAUUAUUGCUGAUUAUUUAUAAUUCUUAAAAUGCCUUCUGGAAUUGGAUAAACAAGAAAAGGUCUAAUUUGAUGACAAGAAAAGAACUGUGUAGUUAUUAUGA